GCAAGUCAUGAAAGUUGUAUCAUUUAAAACAAAAUUUCUAAAGACUUGUGAGUAUUGGUUCGAUGUAUCUUUUUAGUAAUUGUUUUGUUUCUAGAAGUUUUGUUUAAAGUUGUGCAAAAUUUUCUUAAAAGCAGCCCAGGAUUCAUCAUUCUAAUGUGAGAUUUCGCUUGUAUUUUAAUUUGGCAUAUUCUUAGAAGUUUUGAUGUCCAAUAAGCUUUGCCAUGCUUUUCUUUUCUUAUUUCGUGUCUGUAGACUGAGCUAGGUUGGUUAACUUUCAAGAUUGCCUCCCUUUUUGUUGGAUUGAUGGUAGUGAAAAGAUUUGAGUUUGCUGGGUUUCGGAAAAUUGAUCCUGAAAAGUGGGAAUUUGCCAAUGAAGACUUUGUGAAAGAUCAAAAGCAUCUCCUUAAGAAUAUCCAUAGGAGGAAACCAAUUCACAGCCACAGUAACCCACCGGGUUCAUUAGUUGAUCCAGAAAGAGCAGCUUUUGAAGAAGAAAUAGAGAGGCUGUCACGUGAGAAAGCUGCACUUGAGGGUAAUGUUUUGAAGUUCAGACAGCAGCGAUCUACUGCAAAGCUUCAGUUGGAUGACCUCACACGGCGUAUUGGUGGUAUGGAGCAUAGGCAAGAUGUUCUGUUGAAAUCUGUAGAAAAGGCUGUUCAGAACCCUACUUUUGUUGAGAAUCUUGCUCGCAAAAUUGAAUCCAUGGAUAUCUCGGCAUACAAUAAGAAGAGGCGACUGCCUCAAAUUGAUAACUCAAAGCCAUCCUCAGAAAAUAGUCUUUUAGACAAUAAUAGCAGUUCUAGACCUGAGUUUGGGAAUAUAUUCCACCAAAAUUUCUCAAACAAGCUAAGACUAGAAUUGUCACCUGCAGUUUCAGAUAUCAACUUGGUUUCACACAGUGCACAGAGUUCCAAUGUAGAUGGAACAAGCCCACGGAGGAAGAUAUCUGAAGGAGAUCCAAAGGAUGCCCCAACAAGAACAGAAGGUCUUUUGUUUCCAACUGAGGCAGUAGAGCUCUCAGAUACUGGAACUUCGUUUACCUUCAAAAUGGAUUCAUCUUUGCAACAAAAAGUAGCAGCAAAUGGAAGCCCAAGAGAACAUUCCUUACAACAGAUAUUGGCUUCCAAUGAUGAACUUGAUGGUCAUAUUUCAUGCCAACUAAAUCUAAGUCUGGCAUCCUCUUCUUUGCAAGUCAGCAAAAGUCCUUACUCAACUAGGAUGUCCCAACUAAGUCCAAAUAUUGGAAAAUCCCCAGAGCCCAUGUCUCUUGCUAAUACUAGAGAAUCUGAUGCUCAAGCAUCUCAGAAUGACAGGAACAUGGGGAAUGUGGAAAAAACAUUGUCUUCCUUGAAAGAAGCCCCAAAUAAGAAUCAAGAGCCUGCAGCUCCUCUAGUUAGAGUGAAUGAUAUAUUUUGGGAACAGUUCCUCACAGAAAGACCUGGUUCUUCUGACAAUGAGGAAGCAAGCUCUAUUUAUAGGGCAAACCUGUUUGAAGAGCAAGAAGAUAGGCGGCCCAGCCAUGGGUUACCUAAAAAAGCUAAGAAUAUGGAGCAGCUCAGCCUUUGAGCAUUUGAAGUUUCAGUUGGUCAAGUUACAGGUUUGUACUUAAGUCUGUAAAAUUCACAUUGGAUAAGAUAUAUAGCAUUAUUUGAAACAUAAACAUCUAUGAUUUGUUUGCGUCAAAUAAUAGUGAAUUUUUUAC